AUGGGGCGCUGUGAGGACAAGAUGACGCCCCCAAGUCCGGUGUGGAAGAAGGCGUCCAUGAUCUCGGCGGACGAUGCGGAGUACCCGCGGGACCUGGAUGCGCUAACCAACCUGCAGAAGGCCGAGAUGGACGCCCUGGCCAAGCUGCACAAGGCCGACAUCGAGCGCCAGCGCGACGCACACUACAAGAACAGGCAGCAGGCCUCCGCCGCUGCAGCCGCGCCGCCGCCACGCUCGUCAACACCAACAACUCCCGUCAACAGACAGCCAAACUACUGGAGUUUCAAGGCCCGCACACCGCGCCACUCCCAGCCGUCUCCAGUGUCGUUGGCGGAGCAGGCUAGCCGCGCGUCCUUCGCCUCGGCCGAGAGCCUGGAGACCAUGUCUGAGUCGGAGGUGCCGCUUGGCUUCAGCCGCAUGAACCGCCUGCGCCAGAGCCUGCCGCUGGCACGCUCGCCUAGCCAGACCAAGCUCCGUGCGCCAGGCGUGCUCUUCCUGCAGCUGGGCGAUGAGAUCCGGCGCGUGCACAUCACGCACGAGCUGACUAGCAUGGAGACGCUGCACGCGCUCCUGGUCCACAUGUUCCCCCAGAAGCUGACCAUGGGGGUGCUGCGCUCGCCCAGCACGGCCAUCCUCAUCAAGGACGAGGCGCGCAACAUCUUCUACGAGCUGGAGGACCCGCGCGACGUGCACGACCGCUGCGUCAUCAAGGUGUACUGCCGCGAGGCGCCGCUGCAGUCGCACGGUGGCGGGCACGGCGGCGGGCAUGGCGGCGGGCACGGCGGCGGGCAUGGCGGCGGGCACACACAGGCGCACGUCAGGGAGCAGCACUACGCCACGCUGCCUCACCCGCCCCAGCACCUGCACCACCACGCCCAGCACGUGGCCAACGGAGACCUCAGGAGGGAGCUGGUGUACUCCUCGCGAGACUCCUCCCCGACGCGGCGCCUCAACCAGCUCCCCUCCUCCUCCCCCCCAUCAGGUUCCCCCUCACGCUCCCACGCCCGCUUCUCCUACGCUGGGGGCCGCCCCUCCUCCUACGCCGGCCCCUCCCCACAGCAGCAGCAGCAGCAGCAGUCGCAACACUCCGCCUACCCCCACCCUCACCCCACCCACCACUCCGCAGGCCACACCCCCCAGCAGACCCCUGCCCACGCCCACUCCCAGCCCCACCCGCACACGGGCUUCGGCUCCCCUAGCGCCAUCUUGGAACGGCGCGACGUCAAGCCAGACGAGGAGCCCUCGUCCUCCAAGAGUGUGGUGCUGCUGCGGGGCAUUGGCGGGGCAGGUGAGGGCAUCUACGCCGACCCGUACGCCCUGGUGCCUGAAGGCCGCCUGAGCGUGGCGUCCCCUCAGGCGCUCGCCGCCCUGCGCGACCCCCUCCUGCGCCGUGGCUCCGUGCGCUCCCUGACCUCCUACUCUGCCGCCGCACUGCAGUCAGAGCUCGAGGGCGCCCUCUACAGGCCCGGAGGACCAACUGCGGCCGCCGCCGCCGCUGCGGCAGCAGCAGCCGCCGCACUCUACGCGGACCCCUACGCCACCAUGGGCUUCCGGAGGCUGCCCCCGGCCUCCCCGCAGAAGAUAACCGACGGGAGGGACCCGUACGCGGGGCAGCCCGGCAGGGGGUCCCCCGGGAGGCAGGUGUUCAGGCAGGACGGGGCUGUGUUUGUGGAGAGUCCAAAGUCCAGGACGAGUUCUGGUUCUGACCAGCUGUGUGUGCUCAGCGGGGAGCAGGGUGGCGUGCCAGGGUACAGCUCACCGUUGCCUGGCAACGAGACGGAAACCAGGGACCGGAUGGAGGCUAUGGAGAAGCAGAUCGCCAGUCUGACGGGCCUGGUCCAGAGUGUGCUCACCAGAGAACCUGACAGCCCGGAGAAGGGAGAAACUGCCAGUGACUACUCCGCCACAGAACCUGGACGGUUUAGACAGAGGAAAGCUCCGACGCCCUCUGCCCCACUUGCCCUGAUGCCACCCCCGCCCACUGGAGCCUCUCAGCCAAUCGCGGUCACCCGUCUGCAGAUGCAGCAGCACCUGAGUGGCCUGCAGCACAGCACUUCCGAGCUGCGCAAACAGCUGGACCAGCUGCGCAAACUACAGCUGCAGAACCAGGACUCAGUGCAGGCCCUCCUGAGACAGACGGAGUCAGAGUUGGGCCUGUGCAUGCUGGACGCCCAGCGCACGCAGGAGGACCCGCUCCAGAGACAGCGCCUCCUGGUGGAGGAGGAGAGACUGCGCUACCUCAACGAGGAGGAGCUCAUCAUACAGCAGCUCCAUGAUCUGGAGCGCUCAGUAGAGGAGAUGCGGGCGGGGGCGGGGCUAAACCACAAGCUGGUGACAGAGCAGGAAGUGGAGCAGAAGAGCCAGGAGCUGAGGAGACUAGGAGAGACUCUCACAGACCUGAAGAAUCAGUUCCCCAGUCUGCAGAGUAAGAUGCGGGUGGUGCUGCGGGUGGAGGUGGAGGCGGUGAAGUUCCUGAAGGAGGAGCCCCUCAGACUCGACGCGCUGCUCAAACGCUGCAGAUCCAUUACAGACUCACUCACCUUGCUGCGCAGACAGGUCACCGAGGGUCACUGGCGAAGUCCUGAAGAUUUCUGCAACCAGCCCACCAAACCCGGCGAGCCCGACUUCACCAAGACGCCCGACCUGGACAUGCUCACCAGCCCGGGGCUCUGCCUGGCCGACCUGGGUGGCACUGCUGGCCUGACGGGCACUCUGGGGGCGUCUCUGGGCGGAGGUUCGGCCCUGGCCAACUGGAUGCCCAUGGCCAGCGGGGUGUCGGACGGCUCCGUGCCCGAGCAGGAUGCCCCCUCGGCGGGCACGCCCAAGAGGAGCAGCCUGGAGGACAUGCCCAGCAGCAGCCGCAGAGACUCGGAUAAGGCCUCGGCUGUGGAAGUCCGUUUGGCUGCAGAGAGGGACUGGGAGGAGAAGCGCGCCAGCCUGACCCAGUUCAGCACCCAGGACAUCAACCGUCUGCUGGAGGAGACGCAGGCCGAGCUCAUGAAGGCCAUCCCCGACCUGGACUUCGCCGCCAAGCAGAUCAGCAAGCCCGCCGUGCCGCCCAAACCGAAGCACAGCUCCCUGCCUGCAUCCCUAGGGGGCGCCUCCAACAACCCCAGCCCCUUGCACACCCCAGAGCACCAGCCCAGCAAGGUCCAGACGGCCAACAAGCCCCCGGGGAAAGACAGCGUCUCUCGCAGAGGCUCCGGUGAACUGACAGUGCCGCGGUAUAGAACGGAGAAGCCCUCCAAGUCCCCCCCACCGCCCCCACCUCGUCGUAGUUUCCCCUCUGGACACGGUCUCACCACUACUAGCUCGGGGCAGGUCAUCGUCACCACCAAGACUAUCAAGCUGGAAAACACAGAGGACUGUAAUGAAACAGACACUCAGUCUCAGACGCUGCCUGUCAAACUGAGACGACCUUCGACCACAGACUCCUCCCGGCCUUCCUCCACACCCCCCAUCAUUGCCGCCUCCGGAGUGAAAGAGGACGAAGACGAGGAGGAAAGGAUCAUGGCCGAGCUGGAGGUGUUUCAGAGAGCUCCCGUAAGGGUGAUCAAGCCCCCCUCUGAGCCCCUGAAGCCCAGCCGCAGUCCCCUCUCCCUGGGGCAGAGGAACACGGGACUGGGACUGAAGAAUGCCUCCAACUCUUCUUCCAAGCCCCUGCAGUCGUCAGCGGCGACACGCCUGAAGCACCUGCAGCAGAGCAGCCUUGAGCGGCGAAGCAGGAAGCAGCGCGAGGACUUCCCCAAGCUGCAGCAGGGCCAGCAGGGGCAGCAGCAGGUCUUCCACUUCUGAGGUUGCGCUAGCCACACUAGCCGUCAGCCGCACAACGCUAGCUGCCACCAGUUAGCCGUUAGCCGCUAAGAGCUAGCCAUUAGCCUGCUAAGCGCUAGCAGUUAGCCCACUAAUAGCUAGCCAUUAGCCGCCGAGGGCUAAGAGCUGGCCGAUAGCCAACAAAACUGAACUGCUACGCUAACUCUGCUCUACACUUUCCAGACGACAGCCUCCAUGGCCAUGACCUUUGACCUCUGCCGUGGCACUCACAUCCCAUGCCAGCUGAGAGCUGGGUACCCUCCGCCUCGACCUGUGCCAUCUGUGCCAUCUGUAAUCCCCCGACUGAUCCCGUGCCCUCCUGGUCCCGUCACCCAUCCCCCCCUGCAGAGGUGCCAGGCUGCCAGCGGUGGCAUGGGCGGUGACCUGCAUUGCUGGACUGGGGCGCUGCAGAUGCUGGAUCGCCGCCACGCUGCGCAGUUGUGUCAUCUGCUGCCAUGUCCGGGCUCCACUGUCAUCAUUCCUUAUCCCUCUCUCUCCUCCCACACAUGGCAGCCUGACUCUGGCCCACAUCCUAGCAGGAUCUGGGCCAUUAUCAGCUAACGUCUUUGCUAUGUUCGUUUUCAUGCUCGUGAGGAGGUUCUGUGAGCUCUUCCAAGUCUUCAGGCUGUGCAGCACACUAAUCUUCGGUGCCGUCUCUCAGCAAAAAAAAAACAGCACAAGGUCACAGCCAAGGUAGCGGGUCAUAAACUUCUAGCAGUUGUAAUCUGUGUUUAUCUGGUGCUUCGCCAGUACCUCUCAUCAGAAGCCAAGGCAUCUGUUUGCUGUGUGUGUGUGUUUGCCGUGUGUGUGUGUGUGUGUGUGUGUGUGUGUGUGUGUGUGUGUUAGUGUCUGUUUUGUGGGAGAGGAGGAGGAGAAAUCAAGGGAGAAAAGAGAAGGAGGUGAUGUAAAAGCAGACUGAGUUUAAUGAUGAUUUAAUUUGACUCGGUGUGUGUGUGUGUGUGUGUGUGUGUGUGUGUGUGUGUGUGUGUGUGUCUGAGCCUGUGUGCGUCUGUGUGUGCGUCACUGUGUUACUGGAUCACCAUUUUUUCCCCCGGUCUCUUUAGCUAAAAAGCCAAGCGGUGCCAAAGUGAGAGAAGCUGUCCCCAUUCCCAGUGUGUGCUGUGAGUGUGUGUGCUCUGAGUGUGUGUGCUCUGAGUGUGUGUGCUGUGAGUGUGUGUGCUGUGUCUCGAUAUCAGAGCACGCCAUGUGGAGCUUUGAUUGCUCCCCUCUCCUCUCC